GUCAAAGGCGGUCGCGUUUUCUAUUUUUGAUUUCAAUUUCAAUAUAGAUUUAUUUCUUGCUUUCGAUCGGUGGAGAACGGGUAAAUUCCAAUAAUGUUGGAAUACGACAUGGCGCAGUCGGAGGACGAGCAACCUCAACCAAAGCUUAAAAAGAAGAGCAAAUUUAGAGAGAUGGCGCGGCAACUGGCCGCCGAAAAGGCGAAAAACAAAGUACUCAUGAAGAAGCUCAAGCAGAGACGAAUGAACGUAAAAUGUUCCAAGAAUCAAUUGUCGAUUGAUGACGGCAGUACGGGCACAAACAGCUCAUGCACCUUUGAAGGGGAUAAUGGUUUCAGUAGCACACGUAGCACAAUGACAACAGCUCGGGAGGGAAGUGAGGAAGCAACCCCGAGUGUCACCGUGGAGAAUACGGACGGCAUAAAUUUGAUCGAACCACAUUCCACAUGACCGUAACCGCGAACAGCGAAUGGUCCGCAUCCGUGAAGAGCAACCCCAACAGAUUGAUAUGGUGGAAAAAACGGAAGAGGAUCCAAAGGAAAAAGUGAGUGAAAUUACCGAAACGUAAAUCCAUUGAAUUUUAAGAUGACAUUUUCACCUUAUUCCUUAGUAUCACAAAUUCUUAUAUU